AUGGAAAUGGAGGAAUAUCAACCCCAGAUCCUUCUUGCGGGGCUGUUCUGGCGGUCGGAAGGCAACAUUUCGGCUGCCUCAUGGUAUAUGGUUGAAACACUGCCCGCGCUGCUCGCCACAGCCUACCUAAAACUGCAGCAAAACAUCUCGGGGGACUUUUGCGAUUUCGUGCCGCUGCCUAGGGAAGGCAUCGGCGUAUUACAAAUUAUAUACCUGCGACUGGUGCCUGGAGAACCUCCACGCCACAUUAUUCGGAAACCAUGCAGCCUCAUAAACCGUCCCUCAUACCAUUGGUUUAUUAUGCUCUUCUUUUACUGCAAGGAGGUGGGGUUGGAGCCGGAAUACAACGCUGCGAUAAGAUCAAUUAUGCUGCAGGGGGGGACCCUGGGGAGUCAGAAGGUCCGACGUGGGGAGGCCCUUUUGGCAACAACACCAGUGGUCCACGAUUACGAAAUCUCGGGUCAUUUGAUCGUUAGUUUGAUGGUCAUCUCCGCGCACGACGAAGGAUGCCCGAUACGCGUGCGGCACAGCCUCUGCAUUACUAGCGCCAUUGGCUUGGUGCUGCUUUCCGCGCCAUUAGCGGUGGUUGAGCUGAUCAUCCCGAUGCAGCAGUGA